GGCCCAGACUACUAUAGUUGUGAAGAGACACAGCUGGAGAAGCCAGGCAGGAAAGGAGACCACAAACAGGGUGUAGCUAUAGGAGGGGUCUGGCUCAAGGGAUUAAACUACCUGCCUAUUGCAGACUGUAGCUAUUGUGCCGGCCUGGCACAUGUGGCAGUCGCUGUACCCUGCCCCGGGCUAGAGCUCAGCUAAAGCUUCUACAAUAACCGUUAUGAGCGCUAUUCAACUGCUAGAUACGAGAGAAACAAACAAUAAUCCUAUGUCUAGCGCCGCCCAUGGGCGUGUCCCAAGGAAGUGGCUGAAAGAAGCGGCAUGAGCAGACAAACAAACGCAAGUGCGGAUUCAUCUAGUUUCCUCGGGACUCGCACUCGCACAUGUAUAGCACGGUCUUCAGACUGGAAAUCCCUGCGCCAAGUCCCCCGCUGCUCCAUGGUGCGGCCGCCGCACACCUCCUGAAGAGCCCUCCGCGGCAUGAGGAAGCGCUACGUGCUCUUGUUGCUGCUCUACUCGGCGCUGGUGCUGCUGCUCUUCUCGCUGCUCCUACAUGAUGGGGGAGUCGGCAGACGAUGGAUGGGGAGCGGAGGGAGCCGGACUGAGCCGCGGCGAUGCCCAUCUCUAAACCCGUCGCUGUGGGAGACGGAGGAGGAAGUUGAAGCCCAGGGAUCUCCGCAGCCCCGCACGCACGUGUAUAUCCACGCUACCUGGCGCAGCGGCUCGUCCUUCCUAGGGGAGAUCUUCAACCAACACCCGCACGUCUUCUAUCUGUACGAGCCGGCCUGGCACAUGUGGCAGUCGCUGUACCCGGGGGACGCGGAGAGUUUACAAGGGGCGCUGCGGGACCUACUCGGUUCUCUCUUUCGCUGCGACUUCUCGGCGCUCUCACUUUACGCCGGGGGCAACAUUAGCACCGCGGGGCUGUUCGGCUGGAAGAGCAACAAAGUGAUCUGCAGCGCCCCGUUAUGUCCGAGUCCAGGACAAACCUCUAGCGCCGGGGCUGCGCGGGAAAAGGUGGGGCUGGUGGAGCCCAGCGAGUGUGAGAAGCGCUGCCCCGGCCGCCCCCUGCGGGAGCUGGAGAGAGAGUGUCGCCGAUACCCGGUGGUGGUGAUCAAGGACGUGCGGCUGAUGGAACUCUCUGCGCUGCUGCCUCUGCUCCAGGAUCCCGGGCUCAAUGUGCGGGUGGUACAGCUGUUCCGGGACCCGCGGGCCGUACACAACUCCCGUUUACGUUCCAAGCGCUCUCUAUUGCGCGAGAGUCUGCAGGUACUGCGGAGCCAGUUGCGCGGGGCUGAUGCAGCCAGCAGAGCCCGACAGCAGCAGCAGCUGCACAGGGGAGGGACUGAUUACCUGUUGAACGGGGCCCUGGAGGUCAUAUGUCAGGCUUGGCUCCGGGAUUUGCUGCUGGUCCGGGAACCCGCUCCUGCUUGGCUGCGCCGGAGAUACAUGAGACUGCGCUAUGAGGACUUGAUACAACAGCCCGAGGAGCAACUCGACCGCUUGUUGCGCUUUGCGGGACUCAGUGUUAUUCCUGAGCUGCACGACUUUGUACUGAACAUGACCAGGGGCCCCAGCUACUCCUCAGACCAGCCCUUUGUGGUGUCCGCUCGGGAUGCCCGGGCUCUGGUGGCCGCCUGGAGAGAGAGGCUGAGCACCGAGCAGAUCCGCCGAGUGGAGGAGGCCUGUGGAGAAGUCAUGACUGUCUUGUCCUACACGGAUGAGGGGAAGGAGACACAUCACUGACCCCCAAUGCAUUGACUUUACAGCAAAGAGUAGAGCAUACCAUUGGUAUUAUUUAUUACAGACUCACUUAGUGUAAAAACCAGAUACAGGUAUAGGAUAUAUUGUCCAAAAUGUUCCAGACUUGAGGUUUCCCAGAUAUGGGAUCAUUCUGUCAUUUGAGUCUGCUAAAAGCAUUUUAAGGGGUGGUUCACCUUUGAGAUAACUUUUAGUAUUAUGUACAGAGGAAUAUUCUGAGACAAUAUGCAAUUGGUUUUCAUUUUUUUAAAUUUAUUUAAGGUUUUUGAGUUAUUUAUCUUUUUAUUCAGCAGCUCUUACUGCAUCUCCCAGGCAUGGUCCAUUGACCAAUGGUGGUUGUGGUUCAAUAGAACAGGGCUGCCCAAAAUGUAUAUUGGGAUCUACCAGUAGACCUUUAGCUGGUGAUCAGUAGAUCUCAAGUCAUUGUCCACAAACAGCUUGUCUAAAUCUAUUCUUUUUAUUCAGAAAUUUAUACUGUUAAAAGGUACAUAAGAAAUAGUUGUUUUUUUUUUUAAAUAUAGUAAUAUAAAUUCUCCAAUAAAUCAAUAUAAUAUUUGAGUAAUAUCUUCCAUGGAACAGAAUGCUAACAGUGAUAUUAUGGAUGUAGAUCAUAAUGGGACAACAUUACUAAAAGUAGUCCUCGCAUUAGUAAAGUGUGGGCACUCCUCCAAUAGAACAUUGCAGAGGGUCGGAAGAUAUUAGUGUGGGUGUAUUAGUAGUUACAUGUAUGUCUGUGCAGGACUGAAAAGGAUCCUUUCUGUUUCUGAUCACUGCUGCAUGCUCCACAUGUACCAACAGUCACAAUACUGGUUUGUCAUAGCUUGUUUCAUUUUGCAGGUGUUGGUUGAUUAUGAGACGUAUAACUUAUAGAUGUGUGCCUUAAAGGUAGCAAUAGACAUUAGUUACGAUUUUUCCUGUGAAGAUCGUUAGUUUUCAUUACUAAUUGUUAGAGCCGAAUUGUUGGAUAUACAGGUAGAAACAAUGGAAUUCUACCUGUAUCUGACAAUUCAGCACUAACUGUGGCCAAUGUUCUCGUGCCUUCAAAGGCACCCAAUCAAAAUUUUCUGGCCAGCCCAGUCGACAAGCCAAUAUCCAGGAUAGCUUGUCUCCCACCAUACGCGCACUGAAUACCGGACUAAACGCCGCUUUGUACAAUAUUAUUGGUGCGUCUAUGACCACCUUUAUAGGCCUCCUACAGUUAAUGUGCUCCUACUGAAAGCUGCUUUUGAUGUACAUCACUUGCAGUUUUAGACUAUUCUAAAAUUGACCGACUAAUCAAAAAAUUUUUUUUGCAUAUGUUCAAAAGGGUUUCCAUUAGUGGUUGGAGUCCCUUCUAAGUAACCUUAGCAGCUUUCAUUUUUACUUGUAUAUCUCCUCUAUUUUGAUUAAAUUGGAAUUCUAUGUG